UUGGCAUCGCUUGAAAUUGCUCUAGAAAAAAAGAGUAAGCUAACUUUCAUGAACAUCUCUCAAAAAUUCUGAAGAAAAUCUGCGAUUAUGGAUCGUGAAAUAGCCCAAAAGACAUGGGAGAUGUCUAACGAUGUUGAUCUUGUUCAAAGUGUGGACGAAAUUUACAAGUACGAUAAGAAACAGCAGCAUGAGAUACUGCAAGCAAAACCAUGGACGAAAGACAACCAAUAUUUCAAGUAUAUCAAGAUAUCUGCUCUGGCAUUGUUGAAGAUGGUGAUGCAUGCUAGGUCAGGAGGAACUCUAGAAGUCAUGGGACUUCUUCUUGGAAAGGUUGAUGGUGAGACGAUGAUAGUGAUGGAUUGCUUUGCUCUUCCGGUAGAGGGCACAGAGACACGCGUCAAUGCACAGGCUGCAGCGUAUGAAUACAUGGCGGCUUAUAUUGAAAAUGCUAAACAGGUUGGGCGUUUAGAGAAUGCGAUUGGUUGGUAUCACAGUCAUCCUGGCUAUGGAUGCUGGUUGUCGGGUAUUGAUGUCGGAACACAGAUGCUCAAUCAGCAGUUCCAAGAACCUUUUGUGGCCAUCGUGGUUGAUCCAGUGAGGACGAUAUCUGCCGGGAAGGUGAACAUCGGUGCUUUCAGAACAUAUCCAAAGGGUUACAAGCCACCUGAUGAUGUGGCCUCUGAAUACCAGACCAUUCCACUCAACAAGAUAGAAGACUUUGGUGUCCACUGCAAGCAAUACUACAGCCUAGAGAUCUCCUACUUCAAAUCAGUCCUGGAUCGCAAGCUACUGGAAUCUCUCUGGAAUAAAUACUGGGUCAACACGCUCAGCUCAUCAAGUUUACUCACAAAUGCUGACUAUACAAUAGGCCAAGUGUCUGACCUCUCAGAGAAGCUGGAGAAUGCAGAGAGUCAGCUAGGGAGAGGUAGCUUCAUGCUUGCUGUGGACCAUGAAAAGAAGGCUGAAGACAAACUAGGAAAAGCUACAAGAGAUAGCUGCAAGUCCACAAUAGAAGUCAUCCAUGGUCUCAUGUCACAAGUCAUCAAGAACAAACUAUUCAACCAGGUCCAUAAUCGCUGAGAAACAAUACAAACUAUUCAACCAGGUCCAUAAUCGCUGAGAAACAUUACAAACUAUUCAACCAGGUCCAUAAUCGCUGAGAAACAAUACAAACUAUUCAACCAGGUCCAUAAUCGCUGAGAAACAGUACAUGCUGUUCAACUAAAGGGACUUACGACAUUGAUACAUGUCUCAAUGUAAAGACUCAGUUACCCAUAAUAACAUCAAGAUUAUUUAAAUAGUAGCACCUAAAGAGUGUUCAUGAAAGUUUUACAAAAAAUUAACGGGAGCAGUGAGCGAUUUAGCUCUCGAUACCUACAAAACUGAAUAAGCAACCGCAUAAAUAUCUCUGAGAAAAUCAGUUUUACAACAACAUUUCCGAAAGGAGCACCCAUGAUCAGAAAAGUAUUUUUACACUGGUUCAUGAAUGUAAUGUAUUUAUAUCUAUGUCAGACAUAUCCAGACAUCACUGAGGAGGUGAGGAUGUGAAGUGGUAAAGGAUUUCUAUUGUAGCCUUUGAGCCCAUUAUUUAAAAUACUAUUAUAAGCAAGAGAACCUAUAACAGUACAGUCAAACCUGCUUUAGUGACCACCUGUUUACAGAGACCAUUUUUCUUGUUUCCCUUGGAUGGUCUUUAUAGACAGGUUUCACUAUACAUGUACUUCAAGGCAUGUCACGUAAUGUGCAUUUGACAACGUCUAAAAACAAGAAGUGAUGAGGAUAGUGUUUGAUUUCUAACUCCUUUUGUACAAUGAAUAUGUGAGAAUAUGAUUGCAAGUUAAUUUAAAUAUCAUUUGAAAAUGAGGAUUGUGACAGGGGUAGUGUAAGAAGACAGGGGGAAGAAAUCAAAACAGUGGUAUUUAUAUCAUUGUCUACAUUUCCCAUGGUUUUCUCAUAUGAUUGAGGAAACAAAAAAUUUCUGAUCAUAUUAUGCAAUGGAGUUUAAAUUGCCCUAAAAUUAACAACUAGUACACUUUUUUUUUCUUUUCAUUUUAACAUUCUUUCUUGUUGAAAGCUUUAUGUAAAGAGCAAUCAUCUAAGAGGGCAUUUUUACGAAUCGUUUCUAUUGAAUUGUCUUCAUAUUUAGGCUUGACUACUGAUAUUCAACACCAAGCAUCUUGAAGAUUUCUUUCUUAAAUUGUGUCAAUUCUUUGCUAUACUUCUUUGACUAAAUAGCAUUGUCACUCUCCUUUGGGGAUUAAUUCUAAGAAAAGUGAUAUUCUAUGACAAGUGAAGUGACUGUUGUGUAACCAGGAAUACUAGAAUGUGAGAAAUAUAUUUAUUUCUAUGUGACUUAAUGUCUCAACCACAACAAUUUACCAAUAAAUUCAGUUUUGUUAAAAUA